AUGCCAAGUGAAUUGGAAGAGCUUGUUGGCUUCUUACAUUCUCCUCAACCAGCUGUUGUCCAGAUUGCUUUGGACAACUUGGUGGGCUACUCCACUGGACCACAGCAAAAGGUCUUUGCCUAUGAUAACUACACUGCUAUCACAGACCUUAAGAAGCUUUCCAAAGACUCGGGUAAAACCACGGUUAGUCAGUCAGUCACGAUCUUGGCGAACCUUUGUGAUGACGAGGCAAUGAGAAAGCUUAUCGUCGAUGACGUCGACUACGUCAGCUUCUUGGUGUCAGAAAUCACUAGACUUUCGAAUACAGCUACCGACUUGAUGUGUAUUCUCCUCGCGAACUUGGCCAAGAACGACUCCAUUACAAAGAUAUUCGACAUCACGGUUACCAGAAGUGAAGAAGCCAAGAAGGUGUUCGCUUCUGCCAACGCCAUGGACUGUUUGAUGGACUGCUUUGUCAAAGGUGCAGACCGCAGCUUGAACAAGUAUGCCGACUUUGACUAUCUCGCCUACUUCUUUGCUGAUAUUUCCCGUUUUAGAAAAGGAAGAGACUACUUUGUUACUGAACAGGCCUACGACGGCGUUGUGCCCAUUUCCAAACUUCUUGUCUUCACUGAAAAAUACGACUCCAAGGUCAGGCGUGAGGGUGUUGCUUCCACUAUCAAGAACUCUCUUUUCGAUGUCGAGAAGCACGAGCCUUUGGUGAAGGAUGAGAACAUCAACUUAUUGCCAUACCUCUUGUUACCAAUUGCUGGUCCCGAGGAGAUAAGUGAGGAUGAGAUUUUCGACCUCCCAGAAGAGCUUCAGUUUUUGCCUCCAGACAAGAAGAGAGACCCUGAGGAGUCCAUUAUUUGCACACAUCUCGAGUCGUUGCUUCUAUUGUGUACCACAAAGGAAUUGAGAGAGCAUCUCAGAGAGAAGGCUGUCUACCCAUUGAUUAGAGAGCUUCACAAAGCAGUCAAUUCAGAGGCCAUUGCUGAUCUUUGUGACAGAUUGGUGCAGCUUUUGAUGAGAGACGAAGCGGCUGCAAAGGCAGAGGACGACAUGGAUGUGGAAAGUGAUGAGGAUGACGAUAAGAUCGUGGAGAUCGCUUAG